AACAGUGUCAGCAUUUUUUCAAAAGGUGCACCUGAAACCCACUUCGCUAAGUAAGGAUUUUUCUUUUUAUCUUCCGCUCAGUCAACUAGAAGUCUGAUCAAUCCCCUUUUCCUGCCGCCGAUAACCCACCGCCGUUUCUUCCGCCACCGCCACUGCUUCCGCCAUCAUGGAACACGGCGGACUUGAGAAUGGCACCACCAGUUCACCGAGUGCUGAACCUUCACUGAUCACUAACAAUCUUUCCGUACUGUCUAUCAAUGACGACGAACAUUCCUCUAUUUCAGUUGAGAAAGAUCCCAGAAAAAUUGCUAGAAAGUAUCAGAUGGAUCUUUGUAAAAAAGCAUUAGAGGAGAAUGUUAUUGUAUAUCUGGGAACGGGUUGUGGGAAAACCCAUAUUGCUGUUUUGCUUAUCUAUGAGAUGGGGCAGUUAAUAAAAAAACCCCAGAAGAGCAUUUGUGUGUUUCUUGCUCCCACUGUGGCAUUGGUGCAACAGCAAGCCAAGGUCAUAGAAGAGUCUAUUGACUUCAAAGUUGGGACAUACUGCGGCAAAUCAAAGCAUUUGAAGAGCCACCAAGACUGGGAGAAAGAAAUGGAACAGUAUGAGGUCCUUGUUAUGACCCCUCAAAUACUGCUACAUAAUCUUUCCCACUGCUAUAUCAGGAUUGAGUUUAUUGCUCUUCUGAUAUUUGAUGAGUGUCAUUAUGCACAAGUUGAGAGUGAUCAUCCUUAUGCUGAGAUUAUGAAGAUAUUUUACAAACCUGAUGUAGUGAAACUGCCCCGUAUAUUUGGCAUGACUGCAUCUCCAAUAUCAGGGAAAGGUGCUACUGUUGAAGGCCUUGAGACCUUACUUCGCUCUAAGGUGUAUUCUGUUGAAGACAAGGAUGAAUUGGAACAGUUUGUUGCAUCACCCAAGGUGAAUGUGUACCACUAUGGUCCUGGCUCCUCAUGCCUUACGAAGGCUUAUUCUCAGAAGCUUGAAGAGAUAAAGCACCAGUGUGUAAAGGAGCUUCACAAGAAAGCAGUUGACAGCACUCUCAGGAACACGAAAAAGAUGCUCAAGAGACUGCAUGGACAUCUAAUGUUUUCGCUGGAAAACCUAGGUGUUUUGGGGGCGUUACAGGCUAGUUGCAUCCUCUUAAAGGGGGAUCACUAUGAGCGCCAUCAAAUGGUGGAAACUGAAGUUAAUGCUAGUGAUGACUCUUUAUGUGACAAAUAUCUGAGUCAGGUUGACUCAGUCUUUACUUCUGGUUGUGCUGAAGACGGCAUGAAUCCUGAUUUGGCACUCUUGGAAGUUCUGAAGGAGCCUUACUUUUCCAAAAAGCUUUUACGUCUAAUUGGAAUCCUUGCCAACUUCGGGGUACAACCAGAUAUGAAAUGCAUAAUAUUCGUCAAUAGGAUCGUGACUGCAAGGUCCCUUUCAUAUAUUCUUCAGCAUCUAAAAGUUUUAUCUUCUUGGAAGUGCGGGUUUCUUGUAGGAGUCCACUCGGGAUUGAAGAGUAUGUCACGAAAAAAUACAAAUAUCAUUCUCAAUAAGUUUUGUUCUGGUGAGCUCAAUUUAUUGAUUGCAACCAAAGUUGGCGAGGAAGGACUUGAUAUCCAGACAUGCUGCCUUGUUAUACGAUUUGAUCUUCCUGAAACUGUUGCCAGUUUUAUACAGUCUAGAGGGCGUGCCCGCAUGCCAAAGUCUGAAUAUGCAUUUUUGGUUGACAGUGGUAACCAAAGGGAGCUUGAUUUAAUCGAGCAUUUCUCUAGAAAUGAAGCUCGGAUGAAUGAUGAGAUUUCUUCCAGAAAAUCUUGCAUAACAGUGGCAGAUUUUCAGGAAAAUAUAUACCAAGUAGAUAUGACUGGUGCAACCAUCAGUUCUGCAUCAAGCAUUUCGUUGCUUCACCAUUAUUGUUCCAAGCUUCCACGUGACGAGUAUUUCUGGCCCAAGCCGCAGUUCUUCUACUUUGAUGACAUAGAUGGAACUAUUUGCAAAUUAAUUUUACCUUCAAACGCUGCAAUGCAUCAAAUUGUCAGUGCUCCUCAAUCUUCUAUAGAAGCAGCUAAGAAAGAUGCCUGUUUAAAAGCCUGCAAGAGAUUGCAUGAACUUGGAGCACUCACUGAUUAUCUUUUGCCUGAUCAAGCAGAUGAAGAUGAAGACCUGGUCCACGAUGUUUCUGACUUAGAAUACUGUGAUGGCGAAGAUGCACGGGAAGAGCUCCAUGAGAUGAUUGUUCCUGCUGCCCUUAAAGAAUCAUGGAGUGAGACAGAGAAUCAUGUGUGCCUUAACUCGUACUACAUAAGCUUUUUGCCUUGCCCUACUGAUAGGGUGUAUAAGAAGUUUGGCCUAUUUCUGAAAGCACCUCUUCCCCAAGAGGCUGAGAAAAUGAAACUUGAUCUCAACUUGGCUCGAGGUAGAUCUGUGAAGACAGAGCUUAUUCCAUCAGGAGCUACUAGUUUUGAGAACAAUGAGCAGAUACAACUAGCAGAGAAGUUCCAGAGAAUGUUCCUCAAGAUCAUUCUUGACCGCUCUGAGUUCAUUUCAGAAUUUGUGUCUUUGGAAAAAAAGGAAUAUGUCGACUCAGCUUCAAAGUUUUACCUAUUGCUUCCUGUCAAUUUGUUUGGGCAUAAUAAGAUCUCCGUUGACUGGGAGCUUAUUAGAAGAUGCUUGUCAUCAUCAAUUUUUGGGACUUCAGUAUGUGCAGGCAAUAAUAAUAUGUCUACAUUUGAUGAGCAGUUGCAACUUGCCAAUGGUUCCAAAAGCGUACAUGAUGUUGCCAAUAGUUUGGUAUAUGUCCCAUGCAAGGAUGCAUUUUUCUUCAUAUCUGAUGUUGUAAAAGACAAAAAUGCAUACAGCAUUUAUAAAGAUUCUAAAAACCACGUCGAGCACUACUAUGAUAUUUUCUCUGUCCAUCUUUUAUACCCUGAUCAACCACUAAUAAAAGCAAAACAGCUCUUCUGUUUGGAAAACCUACUACGAAAGAAAGGCUAUUCAGAGUUGCGUGAUAAAAAGGAGCACUUUGUUGAACUACCUCCUGAAAUUUGCCAGCUCAAGAUAAUUGGGUUUUCCAAAGAUAUUGGGAGCUCAUUAUCAUUGUUACCUUCAAUCAUGCAUCACCUUGAAAGCUUACUUGUCGCUAUUGAACUAAAGGGCUGUCUAUCUGCUUCUUUCCCUGAGGGAAGGGAAGUAGCAAUAGAUCAUGUUCUUGAAGCACUCACUACAGAGAACUGCCACGAGUCUUUUUCUCUUGAAAGACUUGAAGUGCUUGGUGAUGCAUUCCUCAAGUUUGCAGUUGGGAGACAUCUUUUUCUUUUGCACGAUGCCUUUGACGAAGGACAGUUAACUAGAAAGCGGUCGAACGCUGUGAACAAUUCCAAUCUGUACAUGGUAGCAAUCAGAAACAAUUUACAGGCAUAUAUACGUGAUCAAUCAUUUGAACCCAACCACUUCUAUGUAGUAGGCCGUCCGUGUCCUGUAACCUGUAACAAGCAAAAAGAAAAAAAUAUACAUGGUCUAUGUGGUAGCGGGACAGAUGGUGCAAAGAAUGAAGUUAGGUGUAGCAAAUCUCAUCACUGGUUGCGUAAGAAAACAAUUUCUGAUACAGUUGAAGCCCUUGUUGGUGCUUUUGUAGUGGACAGUGGCUUCAAAGCAGCAAUUGCAUUUCUUAAAUGGAUUGGUAUCCAUACAGAUUUCAAAGAACCACAACUAAAAAGUAUCUGCUCUGCAAGCAAAGUCUUUAUGCCACUUGCUGAUAAAAUAGAUGUUCUGGCCAUUGAACAUUUAUUAGGUUAUUCUUUCAUCCAUAAGGGUUUGCUCAUUCAGGCAUUCAUACAUCCAUCUUAUAACAAGCAUGGAGGGGGCUGCUAUCAGAGAUUGGAGUUUCUUGGAGAUGCUGUCCUUGAUUAUUUGAUCACAUCGUAUCUAUACUCUGUGUACCCAAAACUGAAGCCUGGCCAGUUGACUGAUCUGAGAUCAGUGUCUGUAAACAACAAUACCUUUGCAGUUGUUGCAGUACGUCAAAGCUUCCACAGUCAUAUACUUUGUGAUUCUAGUGGCCUCCGUGAGUCAAUUACUAGAUAUGUCAAUUUCAUUGGCAGACCAGAUUCUAUGAAAAGGCUGGGCGAAGAGCCACCUUGUCCGAAGGCCCUUGGCGACUUGGUGGAGUCUUGUAUGGGUGCAAUCCUACUUGACACAGGGUUUGACUUGAACCGUGCUUGGCAUAUUAUACUCUCCUUCUUAAAGCCCGUCAUGAGCUUUACCAGGUUGCAGCUUAAUCCAACAAGGGAACUCUAUGAACUUUGUCAGUCUUGUGGCUGGCGUUUAAAGUUCCUGCCGUCAAAAAAAGAUAGCAAAUUUCUAGUUGAGGCCGUGGUGAAUGGGGAGAAUGUUUCAGAAGCUGCUUCUGCUCUCAAUGUUAAUAAAAGAGCUGCCCAAAGAAUGGCUGCACAGAAAGUAUGUUCAAUUUUGAAGGCUCAAGGCUAUAGGCCCAAGUCUAAAUCACUGGAGCAAGUGAUGAAAACAGCUAUUAAGAUGGAAGCUAAACUGAUAGGAUAUGAUGAAACACCCUGUGUUCUUACUGAUAGUUGUGAUGACUUGGAUAAGCAUGAAACAUGUGAAAGUGAUUGUGACUUAAAAGUAUUCCCUAUUAGUGAGGAACUUGCAAGAAAUUGCAAUUUCAAGUUUAAGCCUAUGAGAAAGUUGUCCCCAGAGGCAUCUGUACAAUGCAAUUCCAACCAGACCAUCAUGAGUAAUGGCUCUAAGGCAGAUUCCAAAGCUACAGGUGGUUCAAAAACUGAAUCGGCAAAAUCACGUUUGCAUGAAAUUUGUGCUGCCAACUGCUGGAAACCUCCUUUAUUUGAAUGUUGCAAGGAGACAGGACCAAGUCACUUGAAAGAGUUUACUUUCCGGGUGGUGGUGGAGAUCGAAGAAACAUCAAGAGUUAUAGAGUCUUAUGGAGAACCUCAGGCGAAAAAGAAAGAUGCAGCUGAGCAUGCAGCGGAAGGGGCACUUUGGUUCUUGAAGCAGGAAGGAUAUCUGCUCGACAACUGAGAGUGUUUAGCCACAGAACACUAAUUCGAUUGUAAUUAACAAAAAAUGCAUUUAGGAUCUUUGACGCCACAAUAUUGUGGCUGUUUGUCAAUUCUGUGUAUAGGGCAUAGAAUGUUGUAUAUUACUGGAAGAGUUUAUAGAGCGAUUAAGGGAUCUUUAUUGUUCUCCCCCGGUGUGAUUGCAAAUAGAAUAGGUGUUAAAUGAUGAAAUUUUACAUAUAGUUGGGACUUGGAAAAGUACAUAAGGUCUAGAAAUUAUAUGUGGCCUGCUAUUGUUGUGAGGUCAGCUUUCCCUUAUUGAGGUUUCAUAUUCUUGGUAUUCUCAUAGAUCUUUUCUUUUUCUU